AUGAAAGACGCAAUUAUUGUUGCUUUCUGCUUCCCUUUAUUAAUCCCAUCUCUCGUUCAUGUUCCUUGAGCAAUUGGUAAAGCUUCCAGUUUUUCUCUCUUUCUCUCCUCUGCAAAUGUCUCGAGUUUUCUCGAAAUCUCCUAAACACUGUGCCGAUAAGCAAGGAUUCUCCAUUAAAAAGCACCACAAGAAGUUUUUCUGCAUCUUCUCUUCAAUCUUCACUUCAAUUCUUUCGCUUAUUCUCCUUCUUUGGCUUAUCCUGCACCCUUCAAAACCUGAGUUUACCCUCAAGGAAGCCGAUAUUUAUCAGCUCAACCUCUCGGGCUCUCACCUUCUCAACUCCUCAAUGCAAUUUACAUUCUUAUCCAGAAACCCUAAUGAAAAAGUUGGCAUUUACUACGACCAGAUACAAAUUUACGCGGCGUACAAAGGUCAACAGAUCACUGUUGAUACGUCUCUUCCUCCUUUCUAUCAAGGCCACCAAGAUAGCAAUCUGUUAACAGCAUCUUUGGUUGGAACGGGGCUGCCGGUGGCACCUUCGUUUGGCUAUGAAGUGGGAAGAGAUCAAACAGCAGGAAAAUUUGUUCUUAAUGUAAAGAUGAAUGGGAAGUUAAGGUGGAAGGUUGGCACAUGGGUUUCUGGCCAUUACAGGUUUAAUGUCAAUUGUGUUGCGGUUUUGCCUUUUGGACCAACUCUCCCAACGCCUCCUCUAACUUCAAAUCAAGGCUCUCUCUGUUCUACCAGCGUUUAAAUUAUGAUUCACUAACAUGCUGCACUAGUGUUCUUUCUUUCAUUUUUGGUGUUCCUUUAUUUUCAACAGCUUGUUAAUGGUGUUUCCUUGUGAAUAAUCAAUAUGAUUGAAGGAUUAUAAAUUUUUAUUGAUUUAGCGCAUAUAUAUGGCGUGUUACAGGUGAUAUAGAUGUAGCUAGGGAAGACUUAGCUUCCACUUUACUAUUUUGAUGCUCUUUUCAGUGUUGUAAUAUGAAAAGUUGGUUGAAAGUAAUGAAAAUGUCAUUAAUAAAGAAAGCACAAUUUUUUGUA